AUGAGCCGCGCCUCGCCGGCGCCCCCGCUGGACGGCGGGGUCCUCCUCGAAGAGAUCCUCGAGGAGAUCCUCCUCCGCCUCCCUCCGCAGCCCUCCUCCCUCCCGCGCGCAUCCCUCGUGUGCACGCGCUGGCGCCGCAUCCUCGCCGACCCCGACUUCCGCCGCCGCUUCCGCGAGCACCACGGCCGGAACAACCCACCGCCACUGCUCGGCUUCUUCGAAAAGGAAUUCCGCGUAGACAAGCCGCCCAUCUUCAACCCCACGGCGACGGGCGAGCGGGACCGCAUCCCACCCGCGCGCUUCUCCGCGCCAUGGAGCCUGGGCGAGGGCUGGGAGUUUCUCGGCUGCCGCCACGGCCUCGCCCUCCUCAUCUGCCGGGCGCGCCGCGAGGUCGUCGUGUGGGAUCCCCUCACGGGCCACCAGCGCCGCGUCGGGUUUCCACCGGGGUGGAAGCCCGUCCAGAACGCCGCGGUGAUGUGCGCCGCCGGCGGCGGCCAAGAUGGGCAUGUGCACGGUGACUGCCGGUUCACCCCAUUUAGAUUGGCCUUGGUGCGCAGUGAUUCUACCGGCACACGCCAUUUUGCAUGCCUCUACGAGUCAGAGUCUGGUGUGUGGGGUGAUAUUGUUUCAGUAGAGUCUGCACAUUCGACUUCGACUUGCAUUGCGAACCCCAGCGUCCUGCUUAGGAAUUCAUUUUGCUGGCUUAUGUCUGGAGGUGCCAUCCUGGAGUUUGAUUUUCGAAAUCACAGCCUUGCGGUGACCCAGAAGCCAGCAGACGCUCAUCCGAUUUUACAUGGAGCUCCCGACCACUACUGGUCCUUUUACGCGAUACGAACAGAGCAUUGUGGCCUGGGCCUUGCUGUUUUGUCAGACACAGAUUAUGUAAGCAAGAUCAUCCAAUUGUGGGAGAGGAAAUCUGACUGCGAUGGUGUUGUUGGAUGGGAGCUGCAGAAAACCAUUCAACUAGACGGGCUCUUUUCACCACGACCAGAAAUGGGGCAGAAUGCUAUUCUGAUGCAGGGGUACGAUGAGGACACCAAUGCAAUUUUUCUAUCUACAUUUUUCGGGGACUACAUGCUCCAGCUUGAGUCCACGCGGUUCACAAAUCUUUUUAAAACACGAAGGCGUUACAUUUCUAGCAGUACCUAUUGUCCCUACAGAAAUUUCUACAUUACAGGUAAUUCCUUGUCUCUGUAUUGGUAUUGGUAUAUUCAGCAUGAGCUUUCUGAUGGACCAAUAAGUGGCGAGUGGGCAACAACUGCACUAAAACUAUAUUGCUGA